AUGUUUGACACAGUCUGCACAUUACCGCUUUCCGCGGAUUUAUUCGCGCAGGCCAUACAUCCCAAGGAACCAAUUGUCUCCGUUGGGCUUGCCACCGGUCAUGUCGAAACCUUCCGUCUUCCGUCAGACGAAGUGGACAGUGACGACGAUCAGGCGUCGACUUCUUCGUCGCGAAAUGGCCGGGGACAUAUUGAUACGAUGUGGAGGACGAGAAGACACAAAGGCAGCUGUCGGUGCCUAACGUUUGGACUGGACGGUGAAUCCUUGUACUCCGCGGGAACAGAUGGAUUGGUUAAAGCUGCAAAGGCAGAGACCGGUGUGGUGGAAAACAAGAUUGCAAUUCCCCCGGAGAAAGACGGCUCCGUCGAUGCCCCGACCGUCAUUCAUGCGCUUUCCCCCCAAACCCUCCUUCUCGCUACUGACUCGAGCGCACUGCAUCUCUAUGACCUUCGCCUUCCGUUUUCCCGCGUCUCGGCCCGGCCACAACAGACACAUCACCCUCACGACGAUUACAUCUCAUCUAUCACUCCAUUGCCUGCUUCGGAUACCAGUACCUCGGGAUUUAGCAAACAAUGGGUAUCAACCGGUGGUACUACAUUGGCCGUGACGGAUCUACGACGGGGAGUACUAGUGCGCAGUGAGGACCAGGAAGAAGAAUUGGUCAGCUCCGUGUAUGUCGGUGGCUUGGCCACGACCGGGACAAGCCGCGGAGAGAAGGUGAUUGUGGGUGGCUCCGGUGGAGUCCUGACCCUUUGGGAAAAGGGUGCUUGGGACGAUCAGGACGAGCGCAUCUACGUUCAGCGAAGCGGCGGGGACGGAGAGUCUCUCGAAACCCUUGCGAUGGUCCCUGAUGAGCUUGGAAAGGGCAAGAUGGUCGCGGUUGGUCUCGGAAGUGGUGGUGUUAAGCUCGUCAGGAUUGGCCAAAACAAAGUUGUGUCAGAGGUUAUGCACGAUGAAACGGAGGGUGUUGUCGGUCUAGGAUUUGAUGUGGAAGGACGUAUGGUCAGUGGUGGUGGACAGGUGGUCAAGGUUUGGCAUGAAGCAGUCGGAUCUGGGGCAAAUGGCGCUAGCGCUGGUGAAAAGCACAUGCUUGAGGACAGUGAUGAAGACAGCGACGACGAUGGCGACGACUCGGACGAUAGCGAUGGUGAACGUCGGCGGGCCGACGAGGCGCAGAGAAAACGGAAGAAGGGCAAGGGCAAGGAUCGCAGCGGCGGUCAACACGUCAUGGCGUUCUAUGAUCUUGAUUGA